AUGGUGCAGGUGCAGCCGGACGACGUGGCCUUGAUCGUUUCUUUCGCUGCUUUGUGCUGGUCGGCGUGGAGGUACUGCAGCGUCGACCCCACGGCUGAUCUGCUGCCUCGGCGACCCUACAGACUGAGGACCUUGGACGCCGGCAGUGUUGAUCCGGUCAUCGGCCGCGACAACGAGAUCGACCGCGUCAUCUGCAUCCUCUGCGGCCGGACCAAGAACUGUGCCGCGCUGGUCGGAGCCGCGGGAGUCGGCAAGACCGCCAUCGUCGAGGGCCUCGCCAAACGGAUCGCUGCCGGGACGGUACCUGACCUUCUCGUUGGAGCCCGCAUCGGGGUGCUCGAUGUCGGGGCGAUGAUCGCUGGGACCAACUUGCGCGGCAUGUUCGAGCAGCGCUUGAAGGAGGCCAUCAAGCAGGCCGAGGAUGAAGGGGGCAAAUUGAUCCUCUUCAUAGACGAGAUGCAUAUGCUCAUUGGCGCAGGCUAUCAAAGCGGCACCACGGACGCCGCCAACAUCAUCAAGCCUGCGUUGGCCCGUGGUCGCCUCCGCUGCAUUGGUGCUACCACCUAUCAAGAGUAUUACAGGUACGUUGAGCGGGAUGCGGCGCUCGAGCGGCGGUUCCAAAAGGUUGAGGUCGGGGAGCCGAGCAUGCGAACGACAGUUGCCAUCCUGCGGGGGCUGAAGCACAAGUACCAAGAGCACCAUGGCUUGAAAAUUGACGAGGAGGCACUUGUUGCUGCUGUAGAGCUCGCUGCCCGUUAUAUUACUGGUCGUAAAUUUCCUGAUAAAGCAAUUGAUCUCAUGGACCAGGCAUGCACUACCGUAAAGUUGCACGCCAGCAAACAAAGAGAAAUAAAUGCACCGGGCGAGCUAGUCGUUGGUCCAGCUGACGUCACGCAGGUUGUGAGCCGAUGGACUAGAAUUCCUGUCACCACACUUGAUCAAGGCGAGGAAAAGCUGGCCCAUUUAAUAGAUAGAUUGCAUGAGCGGGUUGUUGGCCAGAAUGAAGCAGUUAAUUUGGUUGCGCAAGCACUGUUAAGUUCUGGGGUAGGUCUUGAUAAAUUUGAUCAACCGAUAUGUUCUUUCCUCUUUUUGGGCUCGACCGGCGUUGGAAAGACAGAGCUUGCCAAAGCACUUGCCGAGAAGCUAUUUAACAACGAGAAGAUGUUAGUUCGCUUUGACAUGUCCGAGUAUGCUGAUAGUGGAUCGUUGUCGCAUCUCAUUGGAGGAUCUCGAAGCUAUGAAGGAGAGGGACAACUCUCAGAGAAAGUCAGACGCCAACCAUAUAGUGUUAUCCUUUUUGAUGAGGUGGAUAAGGCAAAUUCCUCGAUUAUCAAUGUUUUUACUCAACUCCUCGAUGAUGGUAUGUUGAUUGAUGGAAAAGGACGGAAUGUAGAUUUCAAGAAUACAAUCAUCAUUAUGACUUCAAAUCUAGGAUCAGAGCACCUGUCAAAUGGACUGACCGGAGAAAGCACAAUGGAAAAUGCACGUGAUCUUCUCAUGAAAGAGGUUGAGAAAUGCUUCAAGCCUAGUCUUAUCAACAGACUGAGUGAAAUUGCAAUAUUUGAACCGCUUUCACGCAACGAACUUAGGGAGAUUGCAAAUAUCCAAAUUAAGAGAAUCGUUGCGAUGAUGGCUAAUAAGGGAUUUUCUUUAUGUGUGACUGAUGCCGCCUUGGAAGUAAUUUUACCGGAAUCACAUGACACAGGGUACGGCGCAAGGCCUUUAAAGAGGUGGAUGCGGAAGCAUGUGACAGCAAUUCUUUCAAAUAUGUUGGUCAAUGGGGAAGUGUGUAAGGGCUCAACGAUCUCCAUUGAUGCUAGGGAUGAUAGGAGGGGGUUGAAGUAUCAAGUCCUGAAUGAGCAGGAGAUGGGAGAUCCGUGA